AUGGUGGGUUUCGGGGCGAACAGGCGGGCCGGCCGCCUGCCCUCCUUCGUGUUGGUGGUCCUGCUGGUGGUGAUCGCGGUCCUCGCCUUCAACUACUGGAGAAUCUCCUCCCGCCACGUCCUGCUUCAGGAGGAGGUGGCCGAGCUGCAGGGCCAGGUCCAGCGCACCGAGGUGGCUCGCGGGCGCCUGGAGAAGCGCAAUUCGGACCUGCUGCUCUUGGUGGACUCGCACAAGAAACAGAUUGACCAGAAAGAGGCCGAUUACGGCCGGCUCAGCAGCCGGCUGCAGGCCAGGGAGGGCCUCGGGAAAAGAUGCGAGGAUGACAAGGUUAAACUGCAGAACAACAUAUCAUAUCAGAUGGCAGACAUACAUCAUUUAAAGGAGCAACUCGCUGAGCUUCGUCAGGAGUUUCUUCGACAAGAAGACCAGCUCCAGGACUAUAGGAAGAACAGUACUUACCUUGUGAAGAGGUUAGAAUAUGAGAGUUUUCAGUGUGGACAACAGAUCAAGGAAUUAAGAGCACAGCAUGAAGAAAAUAUUAAAAAGUUAGCAGACCAGUUUUUGCAGGAACAAAAGCAAGAGGCCCACAAGUUUGAAUCAAAAGAUGGAAAUGAAUUGGAUAUAAACCAUCAUGCGGUACCUAAAAACAUUCCAAAAGUUGCUGAGAAUGCUGCAGGCAAGCAUGAAGAACCCUCAAGCAAUCAUAUUCCACAUGGGAAAGAACAAAUCAAACGAGGUGGUGAUGCNGGAAUGCCUGGAAUAGAAGAGAAUGACCUUGCAAAAGCUGAAGAUCUUCCCAUUGCUUUAAAGAAACCCCCUGUUUCCUUUUCUCAAUAUGAAAGUCAUCAAGUAGUCUCCCAUCUUCCAACUGGACAACCUUUCUCCCCAAAUAUGGUUCCAGAUUCUCAUGUAAACCACAAUGGAAACCCCAGAACUUCAAAACAGAAGCCUUCCAAUCCUCUUCAGCAUUUAAUUCCAGGCCCUAACUUGGAGAGUGAACCCAGAAUUCAAGCAUAUAUUCUAAAGCAGGCUACUAAGGAUCGAGCCGGUGAUCUCCAUAAAUUGAAGCAAAGCCGAUUCUUUGAUGAGAAUGAAUCCCCUGUUGAUCCGCAGCAUGGCUCUAAACUGGCGGAUUAUAAUGGGGAUGAUGGUAACGUAGGUGAGUAUGAGGCAGACAAGCAGGCUGAGCUGGCUUACAAUGAGGAAGAAGAUGGUGAUGGUGGAGAGGAAGACGUCCAAGGUGAGCGUGGGCCUGGCCUCCAUGCUGUGACCGUGAAACCCACCUCUAAGUUUUUUGGUUGA